CACAAAGAGAGGUGGCCUUGAGGCGGUUUUCGCUGAGGUCCACAGCGGAAUCCAGGUGGAUCUUUAUCACCUGAUGUGGGAACAAGCCUCAGCUGCUUUGCAGCAACAUUACAAGAGCCUCAUUCCAGCGCUGGAUUAUCGUCACAACCCUCGCUUUGCGUGGGCUGCGGUCCUCCAAGCUUACCCUCUCCUGCUACUAAAAACUUUACCUUGGACGAAAUCUAGCUCACUCGUGGCAGUGCUUUUUUACACAGUUCCUGUUACGUCUGUGGCAACCUUGCUUCUAUUUGCUGCAUAUGGGCAUGACCCAGCCUACCUCAAUGCGUCAAUUCUGGACAGAGGAGUCUUCGACGGGCGCACGUCGGUCUUCUGUGAGACUUGUAAUAACACUGCCAUAUCCUCCUCAGAAAGAGAUUACCUGCGCGAUCAACAACACCAUCUCACAACGGCGAGCCUACAGCGAUCGGCAGAAAGUGGGUGCCGCAUUUGUGCAGUUCUCUGGGAGCGAAGGACUCGCAUUCUCAAAGACUUCGUCAAAGACCUCAAAUAUUGGGAACCAGCCACUACUUAUGCAUGGCGUCAUGACUCUCUUAUAUUCAACUUCAAACAUGAUUGUCUUCGGGCUCAAGAAUGCCGCUUUCGGAUAUGCAAGGCCCAAGAGCUUGACCGCGACACCGAUGGACAAGAAGCGCAGGACACACCGCGUCUACUUCUUCUGCCUGAAUUAUCAAAUCAUACUGGAUGCGAUGAUACCUUGAGUCUAGCUGCCAAAUGGCUGCAGAACUGCCUCAUCUACCACGGCGUAUGCAACAAGAACCGAGUCCUCGCUUUUAGGCCAUCGCGUCUCCUACGGCUGGGAGACGACAAGAUUUCAAUCCACCUCGCUGAAGACAUGCCCAAGAGAGUCUCUUAUCUUACGCUCAGUCAUUGCUGGGGCAAGUCGGAUACCAUCAAACUCCUCUGUUGUAAUCAAGCUGCUUUUCGAACCAACAUAGCAUGGGAUGAUUUGCCCAGGACUUUUCAAGACGCAGUAAGUCUCACAAAGCGUCUUGGUUUCUUAUACCUCUGGAUAGACAGCCUGUGCAUUAUUCAAGACUCGCCUGAAGACUGGGACCGCGAGGCCAAGCUCAUGGGGAACAUAUACAAAAAUGCGGUGUGCAACAUCGCAGCGUCGGGUGCAUCCGACAAUUCUCAAGGCUGCUUUUUCUCCCGCAACCCGAACACCUUACAACCUGCGAUACUGCCAUCUAAGUCUCAAGAGGAAGAAUAUCUUAUUAAUGAGACUGACAUAUUCGACGACCAUAUCCUGUAUACUCGAGCAUGGGUAUUGCAAGAAGCGUUGCUUGCUCGACGAACGCUCGAUUGCGGUCGAGGACAGUUAUUUUGGCGUUGCGGCGAGAUGAGAGCGUCGGAAGUGUUUCCUAGUGGUGUGUCUCGCUAUAUCUUACAUGAGAGACAUCCCGCAUCGAACUUCGGAUUCAGGACCUCCGAUGGAGAGGCUCUGAUCCUCGACGUUAAUAUUCUAGAAGGACGGCUUCGGGACAAAAGUCAGAUAUUCCAGCUUCCCACCGCGCCAGGAAAGGCGUCGAUUACAACAAGCCCAAAUGAUUCAACAUUCGGGCUUUGGGCGGUCAUAGUGGGCUACUACACAGAAAUGAAACUGACGAAGGACGCAGAUCGGACAGUAGCGCUGUCUGGUAUUAUUGACAUUUUUCGCCCAUUCUUUGGUGCGCAUUCCCACGGCCUUUGGCAUAUUUUCAUGCCGGUUGAGCUUCUAUGGACUGCAAAGGGUGCCACAGCACGCCCGUCGAUUCAGCGAGCGCCAACCUGGUCAUGGAUGUCUCUUGAAGGGCCGAUGACCUACGCAGACUGCAAAUUCAAGUACGGUGUUGACAUUCUGGUCACUCAAUUUAUCAGCAUCGAGACAAAAGAGCACGAGACACAACUCCGCUUAACUGCUCCCUUGUUGCGCGCUACUUGGAGAGUGGACGAAGCAACAAAGCCACGGAAGUCUGCUGUUAUCUCUAGUAUAGAAAGCAACGAUCAACCAGUCAUGUUCAUGGAAAUGCGCAUUACAACAGGAUCAUGCGGCAAUAUUUACUUUGACCACUGGGACGAGGAAAUGCCCGUGAAAAACAUCUUUUGUAUACCAAUAAAGGUUGACAAGGGCCAAUAUUCGUGGAUCAAUCUUCCAGACAUAACUGGCUUAGUGCUGCACGAAGUGCGAGACGACGUGUUCAUACGUGUAGGACACUUUGAUGCCUGCAUGAAAACAUGGAUGCCAUUGUUACAAAAGGCCGAAAGACGCGAAAUCAUCGUUAUAUAACGCAGGAAGGGAUUUGUUGCUACCAGGAUGACGCUUCUUGCAUUCGCAAUAUCUCUAUAUUUGAUGGGUUAAGUGUGAAUCAUUGGUGUUCAGGGGUUCUUGGGCAUGGAAUCAAGCUUUUA